AUGUCAACAUCCCAUGAAGCCUUUCGGUUUGGAGAUCCCACCAAACACAAAUGUGACCCAUGGCUGGAUAGACGGAGAACUUUGCUGGAAGAGCCACCAGACCAUCUUUCAGUAGCUAUCACCCCUCGGGCCCUGUGGUUUUCAGGCCCUCAUCUCAUGUACUUCCUGAAGUUGAGCUGUGUCACGGCUCUCAGAAUCAGUGUGGCUCCCUCUCCUGUGCUCCACCUGCUCGUCAGCGCCCAGCUGCCAGCCGGCCAUGGCCAGCGCUCAGACCACGUGCCCACCGCCCAGGCUCAUCGCUCAGGCCAGAUGCAGACCCUGGGACGUGGGGGGAGUGCAGAGCUCCCCCAGGUAGGCGGGCUGCGGGGCGCAGAAGGGGGCGCUGCGGACCGCAGACUCUGCACCCUGGCGCAGAUGGUGAUGCGCGUCGCGGUGACCCGCGUGGUGGAUUCGACCUCGGAGCUGGUCAGCGUAGAGCAGACUCUGCUUGGGCCUCUCCAGCAGGAGCGGCCCUUCCCCAUCCAUCUGAAGGAUAGUGUUGAGUUUAGAAACAUCUGCAGUCAUCUGGCUCUGCAAAUUGAAGGACAACAGUUCGACAGAGACUUGAAUGCUGCGCACCAGUGUCUGAAGACGAUAGUGAAGAAGUUGAUCCAGUCACUUGCUAAUCUCCCUUCGGACGCCCAUGUGGUUGCCUGUGCUUCCUUGAGACAGAUCUUACAGAAUCUCCCAGAUGUAUGA